AUGUAUCUUGCUGCUGCUCCCGACCCUUCUAUGGGGCAGCAGCAGCAGCAGCAGCAGCCGCAGCAACCUUCUGAGGAGCUGCAGCAGCUUCAGCUUCUUUUUGCUGCUAGAAACUCAGGGCCUGCUCCAAAUGACCCGCUGCAGCACGACCCGCAGCAGCAGCAGCAGCAGCAGCAGCAGCAGCAAGACCUAGCCGCAAUGCGCAGCGGGGUCUCCAGUGCUGCAGCAGCAGCGCAGCAGUACCUCGCCUCCACAGUCUCCAGCAGAAGCCCCCCCCCCUCCUUGGGGGCCCCCCCGGGGGCCCCCGGGGGGCCCCCCCUGGCCUUUGCUGCGCAGCAGGAGGCCCCAGCCCCUGCUGCAGGGGGCCCCCUGGGGGCCCCCUCGCGGCUGCUGCUGUUCGUUGACAGACCCACGAGGCCCUUUGCCUUGCAAGAAGGGGACAUUGCCAAUUGUGUCUCUCCUUACGGACCCAUCGAGAAUGUGCACGUGGUGAGGGACCGGGCAGCAGCAGAAGUAGUGUUUGCUUCUGCUGCAGCAGCAAACGCAUGCAUGGCGGAGCUGGACGGAGUGCCUUUGGAGGGGGCUGGUUUGCUGCGGGCUUUGCUGCUGCCUCCGGGAGUUGCUGCUGCAGCAAUGCUGCCGGAGUCUGCGACGGACCCUCCGCUGCAGCAGCAGCAGCAGCAGUUUGCUGCUGCAGCAGCAGCAGCAGCAGCAGCAGCGCCGCAGUGGGGCGCGGCCUCGUGGGCGGGGGCCGACCCGCGUUGCAAGGCGGCGGGGGCCGACCCCGCCGCCGCUGCUGCUGCUGCUGCGCUGCAGCAGCAGCAGCAGCAGCACAGCAGCAGCAGCAGCAGCAGCAGCAAAAGAGUCUGCAGACUCGAACUCGUGGGCCUUUUUGCUGAAGAGCCUUCCUUCUCAGUUGCUGCUGCUCUUCGCGGCAGCAACGACAGCAACAUUCAGUACAUAAUAGAGCAGGCGCAGCACAAGAUUGACAUUUCCAUUCGAGUCUCCUUUUAUUUCCUUUUUGUUGCUUUUUAA